ACCGGGCAAGCAAGCGUCGUCGCCGUGUUCGUUUUGCUCGCUGCUGCGAAGAGCUCGGGGACCUCGCCGGCGACUGUCUUCUGUGCGUGUGUGGCGUGACCGACAUGGCGCCGUCGGCGGCGGGCAGGUCCUUCCCGCCGGUGACGGCCUACGACGCGUCGGCGGGCGCGAGGCGGACCGUGGCGGCCGACCUCGACGGCACGCUGCUGGUGUCCUCCUCGGCGUUCCCGUACUACUUCCUCGUCGCGCUCGAGGCCGGCAGCUACCUCCGCGCGCUGGUGCUCCUGCUCGCCGCGCCGUGGCUCCUCGUGCUCUACGUCGGCGUCUCCGAGGCCGCCGCCAUCGGCCUGCUCGUGUUCAUCACCUUCGCCGGGCUGCGCGUGCGCGACGUCGAGGCCGUGGCGCGGGCCGUGCUCCCGCGCCACUACGCCGCCGGGGUGCGCGCCGACACGUGGGCGGUGUUCCGCGGCUGCGGCGAGCGCCGGGUCGUGGUCACCGCGUCGCCGGCCGUCAUGGUGGGGGAGUUCGUGCGGGAGUUCCUCGGCGCCGAGGUGGCCGGCACCGAGCUCGAGACCUUCGCCUCCGGCAAGCGCUUCACCGGCCGCAUCAAGGCCGUCCUCGUCGGCAAGAAGAAGCGGGAGAUCGUCGAGAAGCUCUUCCCCGCCGGCGACAUGCCCGACGUCGGGCUCGGCGACCGCGAGAGCGACCACGACUUCAUGGCCAUAUGCAAGGAAGCAUACAUGGUGCCCAAGAACAAGCGCGCGCCGCGAGCCGCCGCCGACGAGCUGCUGUCGCGCGCCAUCUUCCACGACGGCCGCCUCGUCCGCCGCCCCGACCCGGCGAACGCGCUCUUCGCGCUGGCCUACCUCCCCGUCGGCUUCGUCGUGGCGCUCCUCCGCGUGUUCCUCAACCUGCCCGUCCCGGCGCGCUUCGUCCGCCACACGUACCGCCUCACCGGCAUCCGCCUCGCCAUCCGCGGGGCGCCGCCGCCGGCGCCGCGCCCGGGGGCGCCGGGGUCGCUCCUGGUGUGCAACCACCGCACCGCGCUGGACCCCAUCAUCGUGUCCAUCGCGCUGGGCCGCCCCGUGACGUGCGUGACGUACAGCGUGAGCCGGCUGUCGACGGCGAUCUCCCCGAUCCCGGCGGCGGCGCUCACCCGCGACCGCGCCGCCGACGCGGCCCGCAUCGCGGCGCUGCUGGAGAAGGGCGACGUGGUGGUGUGCCCGGAGGGGACGACGUGCCGGGAGCCGUUCCUGCUGCGGUUCUCGGCGCUGUUCGCGGAGCUGACGGACCGGAUCGUGCCGGUGGCGGUGGCGGCGCGGCAGGGCACGUUCUACGGGUCGACGGCGAGGGGGUGGAAGUUCCUGGACCCUUACUUCUUCUACAUGAACCCGCGGCCGGGGUACGAGGUGACCUUCCUGCCGGCGCUGAAGCCGGAGGAGACGUGCGUCGCCGGCGGGAAGAGCGCCGUGGAGGUGGCGAACCACGUGCAGAGGGUGAUCGCCAAGGAGCUCGGGUUCCAGUGCACAACGCUGACCAGGAAGGACAAGUACAUGAAGCUCGCCGGCAACGACGGCAGGGUCGCCGCCAAGCCCAAGGCCAAUUGAUUCCGUCGUCACUCGUCACGACUAUUCUUUUUUUUUUCCCAUCGCUGGUCCAAAUUAUGCGGGCCGUUGGAUGCUGAAAUGUGUAUUUGAUGGACGGCUGAUAUAUAUACUAGUAGCAGCAGCGUAUCUCCAAUGUAAUGCGGGCCAUGUGAUUUUGCGGCCCAUUGACCACGGGAGGCCCAAUAAUGGGCGACCUCUCCAUUGCCAUGGCCCAAGAGCUUCUGUAAAGAUAACCAGAUAAGAAAAUGUUAUUUUUCUGCUUUUUUUUUAAAUCUCAUAA